AUGAAAGUUAUUAUAUAUAUAAAAAUAGUGUACUUAAACAUGAUCUUCUUUGAGAGACAAUCACAGAACUUUAAAUUUCAUACAGGAAUAGACGCCACACAAAGCCGGGAUCUAAAUCAUCCCUUUGGAAGUAAGUCUGGCAGAAGUAGUAGAAGGAAAGUUGCCCACGCCCAAAAACAACAGGGAACGAGAGAUAGAGAUGCAAAAAUCAAGACCAAAAAAGACUUGAACAGAGAGAAUGAUUUCUACAUUGAAGAAAACGAUGAGCCAAAAGAGAAGCUGUAUAUUGUGGAGAUACGGGACUUUGGGGACGGAAAGAAGAGCGUUGAACGAGGAGAAGAUGAGGAUGAGCCACACACAGGAAAUACAGAGACUGUUCAGAGAUUUAGAAGAGGCCCUUACAGACACUUGCUGCAAUUUCAGAACGAGGAAAAUAUUCCUCCGCCAGGCUACAUACCAGGUUUGAGUUUGAACGCAGAUAGCUUAUGCGUUUUAUUGCUGCUCCUAACCACAUGUGAAUGAUAUAGAGCGUUUUCACUCACGUGGCUGGCAGCUGUGCAAAUUUAUUGGAACAAAAUAAAUUUUUGACAAAAGAAAAGAGUUCAACUCCCACAGGACGGGUUUAGGACACCAACAUGGUCACCGUUUCAUAGUUUUGGGACAAAAACAUGGCGGAAGUGACGUCAUGUAAAACGCUUUUUUGGUGAUCUCGUAAAAGGUCUCCAGACUGGAUGGAGGUCGUAAACAGAUGUUAUUAUAUGGCUACAAUAGUACGCGCGCUCUGAUCGGCUGCUUUCUUGCAAUGACCGCGGGCACCAUUUUCUUGUAAUGACCGGGCAUUACUAGUUGUUUAACUUGAUAGUGGACAUCCUUAUGGACGUCUAUGUUGAGGUGACGUUACCCGCUGGUCAGUUGUUGGUUUAAAUUGAUCGCAGGCUCAGAUCCAUAAUGAAAAGGCCAUAUUACAAAUAACUUAUUUUAAAACCUCGUCCAUUCGUACAGAGAAAUCUCAGACUUUGGCCUCGACGUAUUGACCUUGCUAUCGCUCGGUCAAUACAUCCAGGCCUCGGAAUGAGAUUUCCCUGUAAUGACCUCACCCUCAGUUAAUAAGUAGUAUAUAAAGUUCCUUUGUGAAAGCCUCAACUCGCCAAGACCUUAUUCCUCUUUCAGUAUCCUCCGUACAAUGCUCCCAUCCAGCAGUUCCUGAAAAAAUAGAUGAUGAUACCAUAAUAUAUCUCCGAGAUGAAUGCCGCUUGUGUCAUUGCAAGACGGGUGAGCUUAUCUGUGCUGUGAAGCCUCAGUCCUGUGAUCAACAUCGCACCAACAGGUCAUGUUCCAUGGCGAAUGGAGAAAUAGCAGACGGAGAAAGGCAUUUUGACGGAUGUAAUCACUGCUUGUGUCGUAAUGGUGAGAUUUUUUCCCACAGUAUUUAAACUUCUCCAGAGGUCAGAUGAAGAGCUACAUUUGUAAGGGGAAAUGGCUCGUUUUUGUUUUUUAGGCUCACUUUUCCGCAAGAAAGACACGUUGAUUAAUAUGUUUUGGGUGAUGGAGCAAAAGCGCACAGUCUAUAUUUUUUGCGCUCGAUAAAAACGCACUUUCAGUCAGCCUAUGAACGCUAACAGUUCAUCAAAAUCAUGUAGAUAAUAAUGUAAAAUUAAGGGCCUGUUUACAUGAAGGUGGGGGACCCCAGAUAGGUGAGUUAACGUGCGGCGGGUCACCCCACCUAUCAUGCAAACGUGAUCAAAUUAAAGUGAGAGAUUACAUGGACAGGCAGGUUACCUCACCUACCUGGGGUUCCCCACCUCCCCGUAAACAGGUCCUAAAAAACACCCCGUUUAUUGUUUAAGAUUUUUUUAGCAGUAAUGAAACAAAGCCUGUGUUCUUUUAUCAAAUCUCUCAGUACGCGCGCUGUGAUUCGUCAAUUUCGAGGGCCGCUAAUUUUGAUAAUUUUUAUUCCUGCGCGCGCGAUUUAAAAAAAGUAUAAUGAACAUCUUUCUUACUUAUAUCUAAGUUAAGGAUCCUCGUUUUCCUUCCCGCUGAUGUACGGCCUACGUUCAUGCUAACUAACACUGCGGACCGAGAAAACGAGAUUAGUAAGAGUAUUUAUACAGCUUGAUAUUUUUGUCCUUUGUAAUUUAUUUUGUGGUAGAAAAAUAAACAAAAUACAAAAAAGCAAUUUAAAGUAAGCUCUUUGAUAGCGGAAAGACCAAAAGCGAGACGGUUCUGAUGGAAAAAUCAGCAACUUAUCAUCACAUAAGAAUAAGAUAUCCAAAACAUGAGAGAGGAACAAGAGAACUGAAUUUGAAAAAAGAUUCUCUCGGAUCUCAAAAGGCGUUGGGAUAGUAUCUUAUCUGAAGUAUAGUUUCCUAUUAGUAAUGAAAGACCAAAAGGGUGUAGAUUACGAGUAAAAGCCUCGCGCGUGGGGUGAUUUUCACGCGCGCUCGCGUUUCGCUCGCUCUACUAUCCCUGAGGAAAAAUGGGGACUACUCGUAGUCUAAAAAGAGUGUGGUGUUGUUUGUUUUUCUACUUUUCAAAUUGUUCUCUUUGUAAGGUGAACUACUCUGCACUCGCGUUCGAUGUCCGUCUGCAAAUUACAACUAUACCCAUUACCCAAAGGGCAUCAGCGAUACACAGGAAAACGGACCCAGGGUUAACGCAUUGAAUUGGACCAUGAGAGGCAAGGACUCUUGCAUGGAGUGUGAUUAUGACCCUAUUUUCCCCGUCUGUGGACCCAACUGGAAAACGUACCGAUCGAUGUGCCACGCCCUUUAUUGUGGGGAUCUGAGAAUCGAGGAUGUUAAAGAGGGGUCUUGUGAGACCAUGGUUAGUAAAAAUAAAUUUUCACAUUUAAUCACAACGUUUCGCAUGAUAAAAAUGAACACCAUGGGACCACUGCUCGAGAAAAAUCUUCUAAAUAUAACUGUUUUAGCUUUUGAGGCGUAAGGCGUUGUUGAUAUAUUAAUUCCUUGUCUCAACAAUUAAAUUCAAAAUUGUAAAGUUAUCAACUCCCUUUAUAACGGAGACUGUAGGGACCUCUAGUUAGUGUCCUCAUUAGCGAGAGUCCAUAAUAGCGGGAGUUUAUUUCAGUCAAACUUCAGUAAUUUAUUUUUAGCCUGGGAUUUACCUGCGGUCCCUGUUAUCGGGGUAUCCGUCACAGCGACGUGCCCGCAAGUUGAGAGUUGACUGUAAAUUGUUUGCUUCUUAUCAGUGAAAUAAGAAAUGAACUGCAAAGUUAGCCCUGGUAAUUAACGUAGGAUCUAUAGGAAGUAUUCGGUAAAUAUUGUUUUGUGAUCAUUCUCAACCCAGUUAGAGAUAACAUUUUGAUUCAUUUUAUCUUUCUAGAACCCUUGCGACGAUGCUAAAUGCCCAGACCAUGAAAUAUGUGUUGCUAAGAUACAAGGCCCGUGUUUGACGAGUACAACAACUGAUGGAGACAUAGUGGAGUGUCCGCAAUACCAAUGUGGUAACUAAAAAUUUAUUACGAAAAUAAGACGCAUUGACACAAACGACACAUUUUAGGUAACUCACGAGUCUGUACACUAUAGCAUCUGUCACUUCAUGUUAUCUUUCCAUGAUAAUUCUCGUGAAGCGACGACAACAAGGCUUGCGUAGCUUAAUUGUAAGUAGGGAGCUUAAGCAACAACGUUUUUGAGCGACGCACGUCAACCGGAAGUGGCCUUUUUUCAUUUUUUUGACGGUGGUUUCGCCCAAAUUUUCAGUCAAAUCGCCUCUAUAACAGUAAAGAAGCUAAGGAAUACAAAUUUUAUAUCAUCAAGGCAUGUUAAGAGGGAAAAUACCUCACUUCCGGUUGACGUGCGUCGCUCAAAAACGUCGCUGCUUAAGCUCCCUAUUGUCGCGCGCGCAGCCCGUGGAUCGCGCGUGGAUCACGCCCAAAUCCGAAUAAUUUCCCUCGCCUAAACCCUCAGCAAAUUAUUAGAAUUAUGACAAACACGCGUAAAAUUAUUCUCUCAUUUCACUCGUCACCACUUGAUUACACAUACUAAUACCGCAGUGGCGGCAUCAUCAUCCGCCUCAGAUUCGUAUUUUCCAUGUGAGCAAUAGGGCAGGGCAGUACGUUAACACUCUUGAUUGUAGAGUAUGCAAUUCUUUUGGCGGGAAGAAUUAGAAUCCCUUGCCAGUUUCAAAUUGCAGGCAAGUCUAAAAGCUGAGAUACAAACACCCUAUGAGCAGUACACAUCGCUGGUCUGUCAUGAGUCAUGUAUUAUCUCUUUUAUAGUCAAUCCCAGUAAGGACUGUAGCGUGAAUCUGGAUAGUGACGUAUGCGGUGAAGAUCAUAAAACCUACAAAAGCGAGUGCGCUUUGUCUACACAAGGAAUUUCUUUGGCGUAUUAUGGACCCUGUAAAGGAGAAUGUUUUGUGGAUGACACGCGAGUAAGUAGCUAUUUUAUUUUAAAAAUGCUACCGAGUCACUUAAGGUGAUUCCCUAGUUUUGCACUGCGCAUCUCUUACUGCGCAUAACAAGAUGGCCGCCGAAAAAAGAGCGUGUGAAGUAAUAUUAUUAAAAUGAAGUUGACUGAAGAGAAACGCUAUUGGAAUUUUUGCUUGCUGUUGUUUCUUGCCGAGGUGAGACUCAAUGUGUUGGGAAUGUGCAUAACGUAAGCAGUACGCGUGUUGCUGAGUACGACCUCCUCUCGGAGAACCUCGAUAGUGGAUGUUUAACUUGUGGUUACUCACUUUGAUUUUCAUUUAAACACUUUCUUUAUCACAUUGUGUCCUAAAUGUGAUAUCUCGAUGUAAAUUCUGUAAAAACGGAUUUUUUAAUACUUUCUUCUCCCUUUCACAUACAUUAUAUUUUGAAACUCGCCCCAGUCCUCUCUCAAAAAUCGGAGAAAAUGCGUUUGGUGCGCACUUGCUGCAGCUCUACCGCAAAAACGAGUACGGUGACCCCCAUUUUUUAUUUCAUGAUUUUAAUAAGGACAGUGCUUCCUUUCGAUGAGAAAAAAAUUGGCACAAAUCUAUGUUCAGUUUUUUGGCAAUUUUACUAAAUUGUACGGAUUGAGCCAUCACGGGUCGAAAAGCGCGCGUCCAAUUUAAUUCUACUUUGGAGCGUAAAGUAAAAACAAGAGCAUUAAAAGGCAUUUUUCUGGUACGUAAGUGGAUAAACAAUACAUUGAAGUCAAAUUCUGUGUGAUGUCACAUGCAUCAUCGAAAAAAUUCUCCUUUUUGUCUAGUUUUGCGCUGCCCGCGGUUUUUGUAAAAGGGUCCUAAAUAGCCGUAUUUGUCAGCAUUGUGACGUCAAAACGAGCACGGUGACCCCCACUUUUUAUUACUUUUUUAUCAUCUUCUUGGCUUGUUACAUCAGUGCACCAAGUUUUAGCUAAAAUGUAUGUUAGGUUCUUUUACUAUGGAAUCACCUUAACUCAUGCAGUCAUUUUAACAAGACAUGCGAAGCGUGCGCAUUAGUCACGCAAGUUACUUAAGGAAUUUCGUCAAACAUAUGUAUUCCGGGAUUUCCGUCGAGACAACUUGUGCAAUCAGCAACAGAGAAACAUGCCUUCCUCAUGAUAUAUGCAGGAUAGAAGUAAGGAGUGAACGUAUUUCGGUUUAAUAUUUUAGGGAGCCGAGCAAAAGAAUUAUCCUUAAGCCGAAGUUCCCAGUAUGAGUGUUCAUGUCCGGCGCGCUUAACUGUCGCUUCAACUAGGUUACCAUACCCCUACCAUUUCUAUUAUGUAUGAACUGUACUCACAGGUCUCGUUUGUCUAGAUGUGCGGUGUGGAUGGCGUGACGUUUGCUAGCAGUUGUCACGCCGCUCGUCUCAACAGUCACGUUGAUUAUCCCGGACCAUGUGACCAGGUGGACCCAAAGAACAACGUUAUGAUGAACAGCAAAGACCCCGGUGCAAACUAUAACCGCCGGUGCAAAACUGUUGAGGAACUUGCUCGCUGCCCAGAAAUUGCAUGCUCAAAACACGUUAUCCCAGAGGGAAGCUGUUGCCGAGCUUGUGGUAAGUGAUUUUAAAAAAUACUUCAUUUUACCAGAGUGAGUAAAGUAAGACUAUUGCCAACUAGUGACCACAUGUGUAUCUAGCAACCCACAAAGAACUGAAAUGACAAACAACUUUCUAAGCCUUAGAGCAUGGUGUCAAAACUUUUGGGAAUAGGUAGAGAGAGAAACUACUUUGUUACGAAAAUUUAAAGCGGUUUUCUCGUGACUCUAACUAUUAUGUUUUAUUGUUUCACAAAAGCAUUUCCCACGCAUUUUUAAGACUUCAAUUUUUCUUGAAACUUCAUCAUGUCAUUUUUGUUUUUGCAGGCACAGCAAUAAGCAUUCGACUGGACAUCGCCGCAAAAGACAUGGCCACUUUAAAAAUCGCUGACGACAAGCCCUACUACAACCUCAACAGGCUUGACUUAAUCCACAACACCCUUAAAUCUCUUUUAAACCUGUUUCCUAACGGCAAUAGAUGUCAGCUGACCACAGAUCUCGUGGACACUAACGACAUCUCCGUCGUCUUUUCGUCGAUCAAACCCGAGGAUUUGGACAUCUGCGAGCAAGUGGCGCGAAAAACCGUCGACUUUAUCAACUCUCCCUCCAAAAAUGAUCUGGACCCGGGGCAGGCGUUACUCGCCGCCGCUGUUGUCGUGGAACAGUCGGAAGAAAACUUCGUGCUCACGAUUGAGUCAGUCGCUUCGGUAAUGGUAAAACGGCGAAUGAGAAGAGCGUCUCACCACGAGCAUGAACCAAUGUUCAGUCACAAUACGCGGAUUUGUCCUCAAAACAUCAUUUUCUUAUUUCUGGUGACGGUAGGUUUCCACUCGACUAAAAACCUGGCCGAGAACUGA